AUGGCCUCUGCUGGCGACAGCAAUGUGCUGUUGCCUCUAGGCGCGGACACUGCUAUUGGAACUCCAUUUGCAUUUCCGGACAAACUAAUCACGGAGAAUGAUGCAGAACAGGAAAUCCCCUCAGGUGUAAGCGACAUACUAACUCCAGGUAGUACCCCGUUGAGUGCGCCGCGUGGUUCCACCAGCGGGAGCAAAGCCAGUGCAAAGAAACCAAAACGAGUACGCACAGGCUGUUUGACAUGUCGCGAGCGCCAUCUGAAAUGCGAUGAAGCUCUGCAUCGAUGCCACAACUGCCGAAAGGCAGGUCGAAUCUGCCGACGUGGGAUUCGCCUCAAUUUUAUAGAUACUCAGAUUUCAGCCCCUCCUCAUUAUAUCAAGCCCCCACUAUGGAACCCUGUUUCCAUCUGUGACGAGUCGAGGCGCAUAGCGUCAGAGUAUGUCGGGGGUUUUGAGAGGUAUCCUACUCCAGAGAAGGAUAUUCUGCUGGGUGGGGAUCUCCAUAGUUUCCCCUACUUCGGUGGGCCAGUCGAGCUGAAUACAACUGAUCAACCAGUGUAUCGAGCUGUUCAGUCAUUGGGGAGCUUAGAAACGACAUUCCAGCAACAUUCGCACGCUACGACACCGUCCAAUGAAUACUAUCAAAAUUCUACACUCAGUCCUUUCCGGUCAACAAGUCAAAAGGCAAUAAACGCUGUUAAUCACACAUGUCUUCAGACACUAGACGAGACGCUUCUCCUGCAAACCUUUGUGGAAGAAGUAGGACCAUGGAUGGACUCGAUGAACGCCGCAAACUAUUUUUCCCAUAUCUUGCCAUUCUAUGCGCUAGAAGAGCCUAUGUUAUUACAGGCCGUUAUGGCCUGUGCGGCGCGACAUCUAUCACGGGUCAAUUCUUCAUAUGGCGAGGAACAGGCUGUACAUUUCCACGAUAUGGCCUAUAAAGAUCUGCUUCGCUCACUACGGGACCCAGCACGUGAUUCGGCUCUUUGUGCCACAACGGCAGUGAUUCUCAAUGUCUAUGAAGCGAUGUGUUCUGGAUCAAUGGUGUUCGUGUAUGGCAUGGAUCACAUCGCUGGCGCCAGGGCGCUGAUCAAGGAAUGUCAUUGGGAUGCGACGACGCCCGGCCUGGGCGGAGCGUGCUUUUGGCUGAAUGUCGAAAUGGAACUCCUCGAUUGCCUGCACUCUAAAUGGAUAAUCUCUUGGGAUCCAGACUUGUGGGGUGUUGACAUGAACAUGCACCAGGCCCGGCCUAGUAUUGCCGGUAAUGAAGAGGCGUGGGCUCAUCGCAUGGUCUACAUCUGUGCCAAAGUGUCAAAUUUCAGGUCUUCUUCACUCCAAGUUCAGGCCGACGGGUACAUGGGCCAUGAACCGGAACUUAGCCACCGAUACCAGGAAUGGUGCACUUAUAACGCGUGGUGCAAUCAGUGGGCGCAACUUGCACCCCGGUCCAUGAUGCCUCUUUCUUACGUCCAGCCCUGGCAGGCCAAUUCGAAUUCAGCAUUCCCAAAGAUAUGGCUCGUCAAGCAUCCCAUCAUCAUCGCCCGGUUAUUCUACCACACGACAAGAAUACUCCUUUCCAAGUCCCACCCCUUGGAGUCGGAAUUUAGCCCCGAAAUGCAAAGUAUGCAGCAAAGUCACUCGCAUGAUAUCUGCGGAAUUGUAGCCCAUGUUCGAGACCGAGGAAUUGCCGGUCUAUCCACGCGCUUCCUAGCAAUUGUCGCAGAGUCAUUCAAGACGAGAGAAACACAGGAAGAGACUCUUAAGAUCUUAGACGACAUUGCUAUGAAAACAGGCUAUUCGACAGAAUCUAUUAAACACGAGUUACAAGAGGUCUGGGGCUGGAAUUCAGCUGGCUGUUCCAGCAUUGAAACCCCAUCUAAUUUCACAAGUUCUGAUUCUUAUGGGCCUGUAUAUACGCAGCUCAAGAUGCCGCCCGGAAUCAUCAACCCUAUUAUGGCCUGCGCUGAUUUUUCAAUGGAUAAUCAUCCGUAUCAGGGAUAUUAUGUCGCGCCGCAUGAAUCCAAUCAGCAUUCGUGCGGGUUCUGAAUGAUAUGUUUAACUGG